CGGCGACGGCACCGUCGGCUGGGUACUAGAAACAAUGGAUCGCAUCCACUUCGAGCAUCAGCCUGCCGUGGGCGUCAUCCCGCUGGGCACCGGCAACGACCUGGCGCGGUGUCUGCGCUGGGGCGGCGGCUACGAGGGCGAAGCUCUCCCCAAACUGCUCAAGAAAAUUGAGAAGUCGACUCCGGUGAUGCUGGACCGAUGGCAGAUUGAAGUGUCUGAGCAAGCUGAGGAAGGAGGGGAUCCCAUUCCCUACAACAUCAUCAACAAUUAUUUCUCUAUUGGAGUGGAUGCAGCUAUCUGUGUAAAGUUCCACAUGGAGCGAGAGAAGAAUCCAGAGAAGUUUAAUAGUCGCAUGAAGAACAAACUCUGGUACUUCGAAUUUGCAACUUCAGAGCAGUUCGCUGCCUCGUGCAAAAACCUUCAUGAAGAUCUUGACAUUAUGUUGAGACUGGUCCACAGAUACAAUUUACGCGUAGAUAAAUCCGGCCCCCCGCUACACCAUCCACCCCAUCUAGACGAAGUCGUACCUGUGGAUGGCGCGCUGAGGUCGGCGCUGCCGAAACUGACGUGGACAGCUCUUGUGCGCGAUCCUUGUGGCGCGCUCGUCGUCAGCCCCCCCUCGGAAGUGCGCUUCUUCCCGUGGUUCGCCCCACAGAUUGGACCCUCCCUUCCGGACGGCCUUUCCGCCCGUUUCCAGAUCCGCAUCACGCACAAGAACCAGGUGCCGAUGCUGAUGGCGCCUCCCCCGGAAAAGGGCCGCGGCUUCUUCAGCUUCCUGCGCAAGUGA